AUGGGUACUGAAAGAAUCAUGCAUUUGCCCUGUACCGUCAUUUUACUAAUGCAGCAGGCUGUGGUCUACCUCCUGAAAAUACGACCAAAAUUGAGUUCCCUCCUGGCAAGUUACAACCUUACUUGCCACUCCAUUGGUACGACAGACGACUCGAAUGAACUGAGGCACCGAUGGACUCAGCAGAGAGGUGCCCUGAUGACUGGAUUGACAACGAUCCAGGCGAACUUCAUUGUUGUCAUUGAGGCACAGCGAAAGCGUCCUGCUCCGGAGACCACACUGUUUCAGCUUUGUGCCUACUAUCUCGCCUUCCUCGACUUUGCGCUGCACAGCUUUCAGCGUGGACAGCAACUUCUGUUGGCGUUCCCUGACUUGCCAAGGAGUGGCAUUAAGGAGAGCCGAAUCCAGGAGCUGCCGAGUUUGGCCUCGCAGACUACCUCCGUAUCAAUCACUGUUAUCAGCGAAAAAGAGCGAACCAAUCUGAUAGCUGAUGUGACCACCAUCAAGCUGUGCCGAAGUACCGUCAAACUCCUCAACAAUCACCUAAGUUCUAGAUACACUGCCGCAAAUAGAAUUUCGCGGCUGCUUUCCAUCGUUCAAGCAACUGUUUCCAGGCACAGAGCAUCUCGAGAACAUAGGGAUUCUACCUGGUCCGAAUGGCGCAUCGACACACCCCAUGAAUACACCCAAGCAAACAAUGCCCCUCGUAAUGAGGAAAAGUCACCAUGGAUCAGGGUGUGCCUCGCCCCUGUCGCAAAAAUGUUCAGAACACUUUUAUUUGCCCUACUUUUCCACUUGGUGUUUGGUACCGAUGUGAUUCCCCUAACAAAAAAGACGAGAAGUGAACUGUCGAAGCAUCCAGUUGCACUCGUGAAGUACUACGCGCCAUGGUGUGGCCGUUGCAAAGAACUUGCACCUCAUUACGAAGAAGCGGCGGCGGAGCUCAAAAUCAAGGAGCCCUCUGUACCUCUUUUCGAAGUUAAUUGUGAUGAGGAAACGGAUAUGUGCAACGAAGCAGGAAUCAAAGGUUAUCCAACCCUCAAGGUGUAUAACUAUGGCGAAUACGCAGAAGAAUUCGAUGAAGGGCGAACAACGGAAAAUAUUGUAAAUUUUAUGGUUCUGCGCUCCGGGCCCCCUGCUACUGAAAUACUUGAUGAGAGUCGGUAUAAGGAACUAUUCGAAGGUGAAGACUACAUCGUUUCACUUCAAUCUAAGAAGUCUGACGAGAUUGACGAGUUUGAAAAACUUGCACGGAAGCUCAGAAAGCUUAUCCAACUUUCACUGCCGAAGCAACUGGAGACGAAGUUAGAGGACAGGUCCAAGACAUACGAUGGCCCAUUAAAGUCUGCUGAUAUUGAACAAUGGAUAAGGAAAAAUGCUGUUGGGACUGCUGGCAUUCGUGACAAAAAGAUGAAGGAGUUUUUCAAGAAGCCUUUGUUGGUGGUAUAUACUCAGAUUAACUUCGAGCGAAACCCGUCAAACGUUCGCUAUCACAGAAACCGUUUAAUAUCGGUCGCAAAAGAUACCAAAUCCGAGUUACAGUUCGCUCUUUCGGACACAUCAGCAUUUUCCGAUGAGCUGUAUGAAAUGGGUCUCACCGCAAAUGAUGAAGGUGCUAUGGUGAUUAUUAUGGGAGAAAAUGGAAAGAACUACUUGAUGAGUGACAAAUUUGGUGUGUCAGAGUUGAAGAAGUUUGUGAGCGACUUUGCUGCUGGAUCUCUUGAACCAUAUAUAAAAUCGGAACCGAUACCAGAGAAGCAAGAAGGUAGUGUCAUGAAGGUUGUUGGAAGGACGUUCGAGAAGGUCGUUCUCGACGAGUCAAAAGACGUUCUUGUUGAGUUUUAUGCACCCUGGUGCGGACACUGCGAAGCCCUGAAACCUAAAUAUGAAGAACUUGCCAAAAAACUUUCAAAGGAAAAGGAUGUAAUUGUUGCUGCAGUUGAUGCAACAGCGAAUUCCUUUCCACCCGCUUUCGAUGUUCAAGGAUAUCCAACUAUCUAUUGGGUUCCCAAGGCUUCCAAGGACAAGCCUAUACCAUAUAAGGGUGGUCGCGAGGUUGAUGACAUGCUGAAAUUUGUUGCCAAGUCGGCAACCGAUGAACUGAUCCACUACACCCGUGACGGCCAACUAAAACAGGAAGAAUUAUAG